CCGAUAGACUGCGUUUGCGCAAUGCCGAUCAAUCACGCACCGAUACUGGCCCGUCUUGCACAACGUUUGGACCAGCCGCCUGACAGUGAACCAACUCCUAGGCCUAAGCUUGAAAGCGAUCCAUGUCUCCCAGCGCGUCUGCCAAAUAAUGCAUUCAUCCAGCGGGAAGCAGAGCGUGAAGCGCCGUACGCUUAUAUACGUCAGCUACGCAGGAGCCCAACACCUCCAGAGUCUGAGGCAGACGAUGCUCCCGAAAAGGCUGAGACGACGCAGCAGAGAUCGUCUAGCUCGGCUGCAACGUCUCCUCCCAGCUCACCUACGAAGAGGUUCUCAUUCCCGAAGGCGUCUUCCCAACCCAAAGGACCGUGGAAGGACCCAGAGCCAUAUGAAGUAUACCGUGCCAUUGAGAAGAAGGAUCUAGUCUUCCUCAUGGAAGUCAGGGAUCGCGCUUUUCACUUGCUUCUGAGAAAACAUGGCAACGCCACGCCCCUGGUCCAUGCUAUGCGGAUUGGCCGGUCUCACCAAGAUGUUGCCAUUAUUUUACUUGGUGCAUUCUCCAGAUGGAUAAAUCACCUUUCUGAUGAAGAUUUCUCAAAACCUGCCACAAAGACGUUAUUGAAAGCGCUUCGCACGAAUCUCAAGCUGGCUAUUGACUAUGGCUUGCAGGCGUCAUAUACGGAUUUGAUAGCUUCUUUCCUGCAGACGUUGGUUAUGAGUGAAGGUGACCGGUGGAUAUACUCUCAGGUGUCGUCCAUGGCCACCGCUUUGCGGGCGGGUAUCUCUGAGAAGCCGGUGACCACCGCCGAAUUUGCGGUGAGGAAUUUUGCGACAAGAGAGCUAGGGAAAGCAGAUGCUAUCGCUGCGCUUGAGGAUUAUGUGGCAAACGCAACUGUGGAUCUUCUUAUGAUGGGCAUAUGGUCGAUAGUACUGGAUCAAGUAGAGGGUGAGCCAAUACCUGUUUACUACUUCGCCCGAGACGACCGGGUGUACAAAGCUUUCUGUCAGAGGAUAGACGACCAUAAAGCUGCUAUCCAGCGAACCGCUUCACGGAGAUUGAGAUGGCAGAUACGAGUCUUGAGAGCGGUAUUAGAGACUCGAGCGACAACGUAUAGGCGGAAGGUCGAGGUUCUGAAAGCAGAGUUCGACGAAGGCCCAGGCGUGUGAUUGCCUCACUUCCGCUCGUUCCAGAACGACCCCUGCUUUCUGCAGUGGGUUGUCCAGCCAGAUAUUUCGCUGCCCGUAAAAGGUGCUGCUCGGGUGUAAGGUCGCUACCCGUUUGUGGCGUAUUGUCGGGCAGAUAUUGAACCCAGUCCUGCUUGUACUCACUUCCUGCCCACGCUCCAUUCCAUUGGCGGUCCACGUGGGUGGGGGAGGUGGUGACAGUGUAGUUUAACGCAAUGUCUAGCGCAGGAGACAUCAUGAAUAGUGUAGCGUAUGAAUGUACCAUUAGUGUAUGUAUAUGAGACGUAGCGCAUCUGAUAUUAGAAGGUUAGUUUCAAGCCGGCCCACCAUACCCAGCUGAACACGAUCACAAGGCUCAAAGUUGCAGGACCGAGGUCAAGCUGCACAACUGCGUA